CUUUGAAACAAACUAGGAGUAAAUUUAUCCAUCACAAUUCACAAAUCACAAUAAUACUCCUCAUAAAAAGUAGUUUGUCUUUUGUCAGCAAAAUCUGUAUACGAUUGAUUGAAGCACAUCACCUCUCUCUCCGACUCUCCCCUCAUCUCAACCUUCUUCUUUCAGGACGUGUCAGCCUUCACAGUAAGUAUGGAAGCAAGCAGACCCCAAAAUGGAAUUCAACUUUUGCUGUCUGCAGAGCAAGAAGCCCAACACAUUGUUAACACAGCCAAAAAUGCCAAGAUGGCUAGACUAAGACAAGCAAAGGAAGAGGCUGAGAAAGAAAUUGCUGAGUUUCGUGCACAAAUGGAAGCCGAAUACCAGAGAAAAUUGGCGGAGAGUACCGGUGACUCGGGUGCUAAUGUGAAGCGCCUUGAAAAAGAAACUGAUGCUAAAAUUGAACAGCUGAAAGCACAGUCUUCCAGUAUAUCUCCCGAAGUUGUUCAGAUGCUGCUCAAGUAUGUCACAACUGUGAAGAACUGAUUUUUUUUCUGUUUUUCUAAGAACUUUUAGGUGGGUUUUAGUGCCCAGCGAAAUUUCUUUUCUUGGUUUCCAUCUUCGGUGGAACGCCUCCUCUGCUUGAGACACUGAGAUGGUUGGUUCCAUUUUGUAAUUGAUUGUAUUUUUUUUUCUCGAGUACUGGUUUGCCUCAUUACUGUGUAAAAUUGCUGGUCACAUAUUUGUUGAACGGAUAAAUUCUUAUUUGAAAUAAAUGCCUGGAAUCGAGAUGAUGCUUUAGUUUGA